ACGCUUCAGCAAUGCCUCCUCCCGGCGUGUGUCUGAACAUUAUGGAGGCUCGCCAGAAGCAAGAAGGUUAUGGGAGCUUCGCCAACCCUGACAAGUUCUUCAACCAAGACUACCAGCAGCUGAAACAGUUCUGCAUCGGCCGAGGAGUACGGUACAUUGAUGACAUGUUCCCCCCCGACAGGAACUCCCUCGGCCAAGGGAUACUGAGCCAUUCUGACAUGGCACAGGUGGUGUGGCUGAGACCAGCGAAAUUUGCUCCUAAUCCAGCCUUCGUACUUGACGGGAUCUCCAGGUUUGACUUUGGUCAAGGAAAACUUGGUAGGGAAAUUUCUUCAUUCAUAAUUUUUUUUAUUGUUGGGCCUCCUUAUCUCUCUUUCAACUCAAUAACUAUUUUUUACUCAGGAAACUGCUGGUUUCUUGCGUCUAUCGGGGCUCUGACAUUCCAGAACGAUGUCCUCGAAAAAGUUGUCCCUGUUGAUCAAACAUUUGAUGAGAAAUACUGCGGGCUGUUCCAUUUCAGGUUCUGGAGAUUUGGAAGAUGGUUGGACGUCGUCAUUGAUGACAAGCUACCGACAAUCAAUGGGAGACUACUCUUUGUUCGUUCCAAAGACCAAAAUGAGUUCUGGCCUGCUUUGCUGGAGAAAGCCUAUGCCAAAGUGUGUGGCUCCUAUACCGACAUGAAUUGUGGAACUACUGCAGAGGCUAUGAUGGACUUCACUGGUGGCGUUCACAUGUGUCUCAAGCUGUCAGAUCACCCUAGAGACCUGUGGGAGCUGAUGUGCAGAGCUGGCCAAUCCAAGUCACUGAUGGGCUGUGGUACACGUCAAGGGGAGACACCUGAAAACAAACUAUUGCCAAAUGGAUUGGUCCAAGCUCAUGCCUACACUAUCACGGGGGUGAAACAGAUGAUGAGCCGAGGGCGACCGGUGAACCUGGUGCGUUUGUGGAACCCUUGGGGCAAAGGAGAGUGGAACGGAGACUGGAGUGAUCGGUCAUCUCUGUGGCAAACCGUGAGUGCAAACGAUCGGGAAUUGUGCCUAUCAGUGGUUGACGAUGGAGAGUUUUGGAUGACUUUGGAGGACUUGUGUAAGUUCUACACAGAUCUUGACAUCUGCUCCACGUGUCCCGACUUCCUUGGUGGAAACUCCUUUGGUCACUGGAAGACCUCCGUGCAUGAGGGCAGAUGGGUUGCAGGAACAACUGCUGGAGGAUGCAUGAAUAAUGGAGACAGUUUCUGGACCAAUCCACAGUAUCGGGUCAAGAUUGACUGUGAAUGUUUGGAGAAAGAGGGCGAGAAAAAUGUGCUGAUAUCUCUCAUGCAAAAGUCUGACAAGAGGCACAGGCGCCUGGUCGAAAAUCUCCACAUUGGAAUCUGUGUAUUUGAAGUGAAGGAACAAUACAAGACACAGAAGGGGAAGUUCCCAUCCUCGUUCUUCAGCAGCAACGCACCGGUUGCCCAAACUAAAACCUACAUGAAUGCACGUGAGGUGAUGGAGUUCCUUUUUUUGAAGCCUGCUGAAUACCUGAUUGUGCCGGCCACCUUCAGUCCCAAUGAGACGGCCUCCUUCAUCCUGACCAUCAUCUCCAAGACAGAGACCCACAGCUAUGAGAAUUCGGUUGACUACAAAAAUGAGCCAGUUGAAACGCUCAAAAAGGUCCCAAAUGUGCAGGAAAACGAGAAGGGGAGAACCAUUUUCAAGCAAUACUCUGACAAGUAUGAAGAAGUGGACGCUGAGAAGCUCCAGAUGCUUCUAAAUGAAGACAUCCUGAAAGGAGACUUGAAAUCUGGAGGCUUCAGCAUUGAUGCCUGCCGCAGCAUGGUUGCUCUGAUGGAUACAUCGAUCACUGGCAAACUGAGCAGCGAGGAAUUUCUCCGUCUGUGGAAGAAGGUCGUCGCAUACAAGGACAUUUUCUUCCGCACUGAUGUUUCACGGACCGGAACGUUGUCACUGGGUGAGCUGAGGAAUGCUUUCGUAGCUUCAGGAAUAAAGGUCAAGGAUGACAUGCUCAAUUUGAUGGCGCUGCGCUACGGUGCCUCAGCUGGACACAUGACGCUGGAGAGCUUCAUCACUCUCAUCCUCCGCUUGGACCGCAUGUCAAAAAUAUUCAAACAAUUGUCUGAUGGAAAAGCCAUGAAACUUCAAGAGUCAGAGUGGAUGUACAUUUCAAUGUACACUUAAACCAACGAGGACGACGGAUGGCACAAUUCAUCAGGAAAUACAGGAGUAGAUAUUUCAAAACUGUGUUUUCUUUUAAUUUGCCAAUUUGCAUAAUACAUAAAAGAUGUAUUCUGCGCAUGAGCCAUUACACAGUAUGUAUUGUAACUAUUUUUCUCAUUUUCUUUUUUUACUACUUUGCUUUUCUUUACAUUAAUGUGAAAACGUAACACAACCAAUCCUACAACAUAAAGCACCUUAGUAGAAUUCAAGUUAGACUGGAGAUGGAAUCUUCUUACAUGUUUAAAUGAUUUGAGUUGCUGACCAUUUUUGUAUUAUUAUUAUUAGUUAUAAUGUAGGCGUAUCACAGACAAGACAUUACACAGACACAUUUCAGAUUUCAGUAUAUGACAUGGGCUCAUUUUAACUGCAAAAAACACCAUUUUCUACAACUUUAACAAAAAUAAAAAAGUUCUGUAAGAAUGUGUGUACCUGUAAAUGGUUAUUUUGUGCUGGGCACUUUUAUCACAUGUCAACUGUCUGUUUUCUGCCAAUUUCAAUCAUUAAUUAUUAUUAGUACAAAUAGCUCUUUAGUAACAAUUGGUUUUAUCACAGAGGAACAUAUCGACCUUUAAAGGUCCCAUAUUAUAAAAAAGUGAGAUUUUAACGUUUUUUAUUAUAAAACAGGCUUAAGUCUUAUAUAAAUACUGUGAAAGUAUCGAAA